ACCCUUGUUUUAACAAUCAGAUUUCUCACUGGAUUAGCAGGGUAUGCCUAUUUAUUUACACUACCAUUACUUUUUCAACUGGUAUUGGGGGAUAGCCCUUCCAAAGCCGGACUUCGUCUUGCUUUACCGUCCUUGUCUACACCUAUGGGAGGAUUGAUUUGUGGUAUUCUGAUGCUCCAACGUGUUCGUGUAGGACGCCUACUUUUUUUGGGAGUGCUUCUCAUGGCUUUAGGAUAUGUUCUUAGUUUGUUUAUAUAUCCUGGCAUAUCACCAAUACUACUGGGUCUAUUUUUGAUUCCAGCCAACGUUGGGCAAGGUAUGGGAUUUCCAAGUUCUCUAUUUUCAUUCAUUUUUGCGUUUCCUCAAGAUUCACAUGCUACAUCUACAUCAACGCUUUAUUUGAUUAGAAGCAUUGGUUCAUUGUUUGGCGUAGGCGGGUUGUCAGCGGUCAUUCAAUCGACUCUUAGGAAAAAAGUAUUCACUGACUUGUCAGAAUUCAUUGAUCUCAAUGAAAACCAGAUUCGAAAGGUUAUACAUAAAGUUACCAAAUCCAUGUCUUCUUUAUAUGAUUUACCAGAGGCUAUUCAGAAGAUUGUAUUAGGUGAUUAUACUUUUGCCAUUCGAAAAGCACAACAGUUUACGAUGAUUUGCUGCAUCAUUGCCCUUGUUUUAUGUAUUUUGAAGGACGUAAUAAAACCAAAGAUGCAUUCUGGAUUUCACGAUAAGAUUUUGCGGACAGUCUUUCACGUCGACCAGCAACGAUAAAAAAAGAAAUGUAAGUACGGAAAAGUUUAAAAAUAAUAAUAAUGGUGGAAGAAAAAUGAAUUGCUUGCG